AGCCGGGGGUUGGCGGUAGUGAGCGGCACUGCUGGGAACCCCUGACGAGUAGGACGGUGUGGACGAGGACGACUGAGUAAGACUGGACAUGAUGCCACGUUAGCUCAGGAGCCCGUCCAUCGUUUCAACUGAUGACCCAUCUUGUUUCGUGUUCUUCGAUUUUGAAAAGCGCGCGACGUCUGUUGUAAUUGGAGCGCACCAGUCGAUCGCCGGCGCCGAGACAUGGGUGGUGGUACAGAUCGCGAGCUCCUCUUCUGCGAGACAUUCAACCACCAGGGAAGUCAGGCCCUCCACGUGGACCUGAUGCGCUUUCCUCUGCCGGUGGUAGUGAGGGAAGUCCGCAUCGUGGCCCCUGACAUCACUGUGUGCUCUGAGCUCCCUAUGAAGAUAGGGCAAGUCCUCCAUCCCUGACCCCUGACCCCUGAAGUCUCUUAUCAUAUUAUCUUGUUUACAUGUUCCAUUUCCAGACGUACGUCUCCGCCGUCUUUCACACUGGACGUGUUUUGCAAUGACAGCAGCAAUCCGCUCGCUCCCACCUUUGACCCCCUUGGAAACCUAGAGUAUAAUGAGGAGUCUACUGCUCUCGUAAUAAAAGCCAAGAAUUCUUCAGAUUUGGUUGUCGUCAAGGGAUACUAUACGGUUCUGACUGUCUGUAUCUAUGGCAGUGUGUUCAUGCCGUCGUCGGGUCAGGCUCAGUUUCAGACUGGGUCCUCUCACUCCCCUCAAUCUGCUACUCAGUCUUACUCUGAGUACAGUGGGAGAGACAGCGACAGUGACAGCAACUAUUCCGACACCGAGGGAGGAGGAGGAAGAGGGAGGAGAGGGAAGAACAGUGGUCUGGAGUCCCCAGAGAGAGGGGGCGAGGGGAAGGGGGAGGGAGAGGGAGGAGGGGGGAAGUACGUGGACGAUUUAUUUGAGCCGUUUUCACCGGUAAACUCCCCCGAUCACCUGUUUGACCUGUCUGACGAGGAGGGGAAACGGUCCAGCACAGCUGCCAUGGGCUACCCUGUCGAAGAUCUGUCAGACGAGGAGAUUGCUUUCGAAGGUGGUGACGACUUCGACAUGCAGGAAGAGGGGUUUGAGUCUUACAUGGACAGCGAUGAUUGGGCGACUAGUGGAGUCAGCUUCAACCCUUAUCAGUGCUUCCUAGCCUCUCUUGAGUCGUACCCGUCACUGAUCGAGACCCCUCACGAGGCACUGAUGGCCAAGCUGCAGAAAACUGAAUCGAUUAGUAAACGAAGUAUGGCCGACGAAGCUAUGAAACUUCGCGAUGUCGUCAUCAAUGCCAAAGACAUUACAAACCCCACGAGGUGGGUGGAGACGAUGGAGGAAAUCCCGUCUUACCUCUACCCGGGGCUGGCCCAGCUGCAGAAGAAAUCCAGCUCUGAGGGAAAAGAGGUGAUGCAGAAGUUGGCCAGUUGGACUGUGCAGUGUCUGAGUCUUGAGCUAGCCAGGCAGAGUCCCAUGGCUAAGCACAACGUGAUGGAGGAGCUGUGUGACAUAGCUCUGUCGGACCCGAUGGUGUCAACCAUCAAACUCCACUCGCUAAGGGCUCUGGACUCUCUUCUGGACUACCCCCAGGGUCUGGAGCGGUUCAUUGGCUGGAGCAAGAGCAUUUCGACAUCCUCUGUCAUCGUCGCUCCCCUCCCUCCAACUCCCUACCAGCACAUGAUUAACUUCGUCCUUAGUCAACCACCUGUUCGUGUGGUGGUUGCAGCGAGCGUUCUACUGGCAAAGGCGCACAUCUACGAACUGCUCUCCAACCUCCAAGAUGCCGUUGAGAAAGUUGUGGCCUGUACGCCGGUGAAGAAUGUUCCGGAAGACUACUGGUCCGGAGGGCCGGUUAGGGAAGGAGGAGAGGAGGAGAAGAAAUCGGAAGAGCUUGUAGAGGGAGAAGGAGGCGGAGGAGGAGGUGAAAACAUCGCUGAUGAAGAAAAGCCGACAAGUCCCUCACUGCACCGGGGCGACGGGGAGGAGGAGAUGGAUCAGGGGGUGUUGCCAGGCGACGAGGAGGACACGCCCCCUCCCGUUCCCCCGGAGCUGAUAACGAGAGUUGCCCGUUGUCUGGAGGAACUCAAGAAGUGUAUCAAGGAGGCCCCCCACACUACAUCGUUCCCCACUCGAGUGACGUACAGUCCAGAAUCACCAAAAGACUAUUUCCCUGCACUCAUGAGGAUGUUCCAGUCCAGACGUCUGUUGGAGUGUGUGCUGGUGUUGGUGACAGCUCCCGCCACGUCACUAGACGAGAGGGUCUUUGGUGGCGUCAGAGACCUGUUGCUCCUCUUCCUCACCUCCCAAGAAGGAGUCUUGUUCCUGUCCAGUAACGUCCCGGUCAUGAAUACCAUUGUCAGGACCCUCACGCAGGCCUCGGAGAAUCAACUAGCUCUGAUGCAGUCAUUCACAGAGCUAGUAAGUGGAGGUGAGAGGGAAUCUUGCACACCACAGAACCUUGGAGUCCUACUCAUCUACCAUCUUCAGGUUCUGCAGUCGCUGGACCAGCUGCGCAGGGCCCCCAAGUCAAACAUGAGUGAACUUGAGUCGACCGAGUGUGUCUCUGCUCUUCACACUCUCUACACCAUGACCCUCACUCCCAUUGGUAAGAGUGCACUGACGUACAUGAUGUCGUUGAAGGACAAUAUAUCGGCUCUCUUCCCUUUUAUUGAAUCUCGAGGUCAAAAGGAGCACGAUUCGAAACUCACUCGCUCAAGUGUCUCCAGCAGAUAUGCGGCUGUCAUCUUUCUACAACUCCUCCAGAGUCCAGUGCUGGUGAGAGGUGACUUCAUCAUCAGCUACAGCAGCAAGCUCCUAUCAGUGGCCGAGUUUUUCAAAGAAAACCCCAGUCCCACAAUGUCCGACCUGUACAACUGGCUCUAUCCCGUUCGCAACAUCACUAGCGAUGGCUCCUCGUCCAUCCCCACGCUCGUGUCCACCGUUCAAGAAUUGUUGCCUCAGAUCAGUUCAACUAAACCCAACAGGAUCCUGGCUCCUAUUCUCUCGUCUCUUCGUAUCCUCCUCACCUUCAUCGUCCCUCCUCCCACCCAGCACUCCAGCAAAGGAGGACAAAAGGAGUUGAAAUGGUCUGAAAAUACGGUCGUUCUUUUCUCCACGGGUGCCAUGGAAACGCUGCAGAACCUCUUACAGAAGAUAUCUGACUUGCUCCUCCCACUGUGGAGCCAGCGACAGAUCAUCCCUGUCGCCCUUAGCAACAACGUUUCCAUGGUGGCGACCUUUGCCCUCCGACUGAUGCGGGCGAUGCUGGGACUGCUGGUGGAGGGAGAGGACUCGUUCCAGUACCGAGAUAUGAGGGUCGUGACUGUCCUGGUCACAGUCCAUGCAGUGUUCUGUUCCAUUCCAUAUUCUACAAUCAUAUCCAGCACAGCUUCAGAGAUUCAGGCGUCGAUUCUGGAUAUUCUGGCAAUGUUCACCAAACCAGAAAUCACUGAGCCCGAGGCAGCUGGCGAGGAAAAGACUGUUGAUGCCUCCACAAGUUGCUGGUGUCUAAUGUUACAGGAACUCUUCAACUUAACACUAACUUCACCAAACUAUUUUCUGAGUGGUUUGAUGCUUCUGUCAGAACUGCUGCCUCUGCCUCUACCUGUCCAUGCCGUGCAGCCAUGUUCAGACAGUGACAUUGUAAACAUCGGUCGACACCACACCCUGUGGGCGCUACACCUCGACCCGUUCGUCGAUACCGUGUCCGAGAUUGUCUCCGCCCUCCUGCGAAGCAGCUGCCCGGAACUGCUGGGGGUUCUGAGGAGAGUCUGCGCCCAGCUCUCCGACCUCAGUCCCCCUCUCGCCACCCUGGUUGCCAGGUAUGUGAUAAAGGCGAUAAUUGGUGAGAUUGAGAGGCAGCUGGAAGCGCCGGAGGAGGAGUCAAGGGGGGAGGGGGGAGAGGGGGGAGGGAGGACCGUGGUCGAGGGGGAGGGGGAGGGAGGAGGGGAGGAAGAGAGGAUGGACGAGAGAAAAACUUGUCUAUUCUGGGGACACACUUGGCAAUAUGUAUAUACUUCUUGUCUGCUGAGAAUGCUGACGACGUGUGCCGUGCUGAGUCAGCAGGUGGCCUUCAAGAUUGCACUGUUGGACCUCCUCAGACAGAAAGAGACGGAUGACACGAAGAGCUUCUCUCGGUUCAUUCCUCUCCUACUGUUCCUGAUGCAGAAGAAAGAGACAAUUUCUCCGCUCAAAAUCUGCAUCAUUACAAUACUCAACAGUCUCUGUAGCGUAUACAUCGCCUUGUCUUCGUCGGGAGAUGACGCAAUGGGCGGUGCCGAGCCGUCCGAGCAGCAGCAAGCGGAUUGCCUCCCCGGGCAAUCCCAAUUGGAGCACAUCACCUCGGCCGUCGUGGGUCACGUGAUUUCCCCCGAUAACCCUCUCACCACUGUGAUGCAGGGGUUAAAGGUGGUUUUGUCUGUAGCGCAGUACAAUGCCGGUCAAGUCCAACUACUGAGUCUGAUGAAAUCGGGAGUCACAGGAUUUUCACAGCUGCUGGUCAAACUAAUGGACUCGCUGAGAAAAGGAGGAACUCAGUCCUCUGUGUCCCUGGAAUGUCUCUCUCUCCUCCUCUCCGUCUACCGCUGCCUCCUCUCCGCGUCCCUCGCCGGGAAGAUAGAGGUCAAAGGUCACAGGGGGUCGUCCACGGAGUCGGUGAGUCUGCCGUUCCCCCGGUCGCUGUUGAGAGCCGUCCUGAGGAGAGAUGUGGGAGAGUACCUAUUGGUGGAACUCAGGGAGAUGGUACAGGAGCUGUACAAGGAGGACAGCAGUCUGCUGGACGAGCUGCUGGCUCCGAUAUCGCUUCUCACGGAGGCCGUUGAGGUGGAGGAGGCCCAGCCGUCCGACGUCUCUCUCACAGACCUGCCCGGUCUGGACCAGGAGGCGUGGCCUGACAUGAGGUCACUGAAGACUCAGUUUGAACAGAGGAGCACUGUCAUGGUUACGGAGGACCUGGACAGAAGCCCAGAGUUCUGGUUGGCCACGCCCCCUCAUGAUGAGUCGGACUUCAAACCAGACACAACGACCAUCAAUCUCACCAAGUUGGCGUAUGAGACAAUCCCAGGCCUCAACCUCGAGGAGGAGCUGAAGAAACGCCUCCUUCCUUCUCCUCCUCCCUCCCCGAUCGGAAAGAGGAAGAGAAAGAUCAUUCUGAGUGGGCCCGAGGCUCAAAAGAAGCUGAGAGAAGCCAUCCGUCUGCGGCAGGCGUCCGGGCGAGGCAAGGACCUGUUCCGGGCACGCAAACAGAACACGAGUCGACCUCCGUCGAUGCACGUCGACGACUUCAUGGCCAUGGGUGCUCGCGGAGUCGGACACAGACAGCAGUACCAUGGGUGGCGGUCUCCCCUACCUCCCGCUCACCACGCUCACCACGGGCACCAGACCCACCAUCCUCACUCCCACACCCAUCACCCUGGCAGCAGCUUCAUGCACCAGCUGGGCGGUCGAUGGCAGAUGAGCUCACUCCCGACCAGCAGCCUUCACUACCCCAGACGAGACCUUGGUGGGCUAAAUCUUCGUGACUGGGAAUCGGCGAGAUUGAGUUCGUUCAUGAUGUCUAUGAAGCCGCCACCUCUUAGAGCGGCACCGCUGUGGCCCCCGCAGCUCACCGAAGCCUAUCGCACUCGCAGCCGUCUCCUCCCCUGGCCGGAGAGUUCCUCUCGCUCCCUCUCCUCUGACCCCUCAGGCGCCGGCAGCUCCACCAGCAGAAUGGCCGACUUGGCCUGGAAGGCCAGACACUCUAGUCUCUACAAAAGACUCCUCUGAUGCUUCAUGGGCCUUUUGCAAAAACUAUACACAUUUCCCCCUUUUCAGAGUAAGAUUGCAAUUUUGGUAUCAUUCUCAGUUAAAAAUAAUAUGAUGGCAAAAAACUUCAUUGGGUGCAUAAAUAUGCGAUUUGUGAAGAUGACAAUAUUAUGCCGAGUCCAAUUUCCUGAAAGAUCAUUGAGAGUUUACUGCCAGUUUCCAGAGAGAAUUUACUGGCUAGUUUCCUGAGAGAUUACUGAGCCAGUUUCCUGAGAAUGUACUGGUCAGUUUCCUGAGGGAUUACUGGGAAAUCCUGGCUCUGGCAGCAGUCAGAAUGGCCUCCUUCCACUGCAGGUAGUCCUUGCUCUCUGGACAACUGACCAUUCUACUCCACAGGCUCUCCCUCGUGAACUUUGACCUUGCCAACCUUCUCGACCCCCUGCCGUCUUGCCGUGACGAGACCCCCUCCUCUCUCGUCUCAGGCUGUUCUUUUUGUUGAGUUGGUCCAGUGGCAUCUGCUGCCUUAUCUCCUUCCUUCCUCUUUCUGGUUUUCUUUCCACCUGCUGCCACCUCUGGAAAACACUCAAUUAAACCUGUAUCUCCCUAAACAAGCAAAAAGCUCCCCACACAAGCUUAUCUUCCCUAACAAAACAAAAGGCACAUUAAGGCCCAUAUAGGUAUACUCGAAGCAGCGGUCCACCAUCCAUGGAGUAAAGUAGACACGCAUAAUAAUUAUAGCUGAAAACUGAGUUGGAAUUUUACAUUUGGGACGUCUGUUGCAAACCUGUGUCAAUGGACUAGCAGAGAUAGGAUAGGAGUUAAUUAGAUCCCCGCCCACCUAUCUUAGGGACGCAAUCCUUCAUUUGGUCGAGGACACUCUGGAAGACUGCUCUGCUGGGACAGUUGGCCACUGACUGGAACUCUGAUCUGUCGCUACGAAACUUCAUUGCCCUGCAGCAGUACUAUAACAUUGGUCAUUCCUUACACAAUUGGGGGUGUCCACUGUAAGUGGAGAGGUUAAGGAGGCAUUCUAGUAGUAUGGGUGGACCAAACAAGGCCAGACA